AUGGAGACCCGACGUCGGCAGCGUAGGGUUUCGCCAGAACAGCGACGCGUUCCACCACCUAGGCAAUUCGUGCAGCCAGAUCUGGCGAGGGGAGUUAUGCACGGUAUCAAGAGGCCAGAUCUGGCUCUUGAAAACCCAGAUCUGGGUUCUUUUGGUUCAGAUCUGCAUAUUCUUCAACCAUCAGGACCACCACCGCUGCCUCUGCCACAACCUCCACCCCCGCCUCCACCUCCUUUGCCACCACGGUCACCAAUGCGCGCGCCAGAAACGCCACCACCUCCAUCCCCACCACUGGUGGUCACUCAAGAGGAGCGGGCUAGAAUGAUGCACAACAUUGGGGAUAUUCAACGCCAUAAUGAGCAUCUGCAGGCUUAG